CCGAUUGUCGAGGAAAAAAAAUUUGGCGGCGGCUCAGAGUAAGUGCGUGGAUGGCUAAUAAAGCGCGUGUACCCUUGUAACAACUCAUUCUCUCCUUGGAGCCUUGGUAGUGACUUCGACUGCUCGAAGGUAUCCACUAUGUCAGAAGAAGGGAACUCGGACUUUCUUGGCCCGAACUUCACGAACACGAAACUUGUGGGAACCGGGGGAAGUGGCGCGGUCUAUUCUGCCAUCGAUGUCCAAACAGACCAACGGGUUGCUCUGAAAAGACUUAUUUUACGGGACCGCAUGAACUGUAGAGCAGCUCUUAGAGAAAUCAAGGUAUUAAAGACUCUCGAACAUGAAAACGUCGUGAAGUUAACGAAAGUUGUGGACUCUGAGGGUCUGGAAUUUCAAGAAAGCUCGACUGAAUCUGUCAAAGAAGCGACUGAACUGUUUCUUGUAGAAGAACUGGUCGACUCUGACUUACAUCAUAUCUUGCAAAGCAAAGGCAAGCUUAGAGAAGACUAUGUCAAAUUAUUCCUUUAUCAACUGUUACGAGGGCUCAAAUAUAUCCAUUCUGCUAACGUAGUACACCGGGACGUGAAACCAAGUAAUAUUUUAGUUGACACUGAAACACUGCUCCUCCGUGUAAGCGAUUUCGGGCGUUCGCGAAUUCUCGACCCGGCUUACUCGCACAACGGCCAUCUAACGCAUAGCAUCUCAACUCUGUGGUAUAGGUCUCCUGAACUGCUGUUGAAUUCAUCAAGUUACGACAGUUCAGUCGAUAUUUGGGCUGCCGGUUGUGUUUUUGCCGAAAUGUUGUUGGGCAAACCCUUGUUUGAGGGCCGGCACGAAAUCGACCAAAUGGAAGUUAUUUUAGACUCUGUUGGCCUAACUGAGGAAGAAUGGACUGUACUUGAACCUCAAAUUCCGGAGAAAACAGCUCUUAGAAAGGCGCAGAAUCAGGGAAUGCCGCUAGGGAGCAAGUUUCCUCACAUCGAUAUCCAAGCUCUUGAUCUGUUGGUGAAAAUGCUCAGGUUUAACCCAAAUAAGAGAAUCACUGCAGAAGAAGCUCUGGCACACCCGUACUUGCAGCAAUAUUCAUUCCCGUCAGAUGAGCCAGUCUGUUUUGAACCACUCCAUAUUGAGGAUGAAGUUGGAGACUUUGAGGAAGACGCUUUAAAAGGCUGGAUUUUAGAAGAGUGUUUCUCAUUUGACAGUGAUAGCAGCUCUUUUGAUGUCACCGAACAAGAACCUGUUGUUCUCCAAGAAGUAAUUGUGGAGACACGAGACUCUGCAGAUGAUAUUCUGUCUCUGAAGGACAUCAUGAAUGAGCCUGAAGAUCCCGUGCUUGACGAUUGGAAACAUUGUAAUGAUGUAUCAGAACGGUUGGGUUUAACUAGCAGGAAAGAGGGACUUGAAACUUUGGCUGCUGCUUACAAAAUCCAAAUGUCCUUGAAUGAACCAGUUGACAUUAAAGACCACGAAAAGUUCUUUGAGCUGCAACGUGCUAGUAUGUCAUCAGCUUUUUUAGAUAGUGUAAUUAGCAAGGGCUAUCUAAAAGAAAAUGUCAGUUUUACUUGUAAGAAAAAUGUUUUCAAUGGCCCUUUUGGUUUGUGUUAUUUUUGAGUGGUCAGUAGGGAAAAAUUAUUGGGAGGUACAAGGAAAGUCUUGGUGUUUUUCAUUUUUUCUUUGGCAUAUAAAUGUGUGUUAGUAAUUUUCUACUGUUGUUGGGAGGAUCUUUUGGUUUUUAUCAAAUAUGUUUUAUUAUGAAAUAUUGGUGGGUUUAGAGUGUUCUUAAAAUUUUAUUGGCUUAAUGGGAGACUUCUUCCUGGUGCCACCCUGUCAGUUUUUCCACAAGUGCCUUCAUCCAUCCCUCUGGUUGAUGUUUGUUUUUGAGACCAAUGGUCUUGAAUGAUCAAACAACCUUGCAUAAGUUGUUCCUUUAGUUAUUUAACUAUUACCAAAUGAGGUUGUGUGUAAUUUGUCUUGUAUGCAUCAAAUUUAAACCAUAUUUAUUGUGUUAAAAAUAUAUAACUUUUUUAAAUUUUAGAUCUAGCAUUUAGAGCCGUAAAGCAAUUUAUAUUAACAAAGGUUAUGUUAGGUAAAAACAUACUGUAGAAAUAUUGUAUUACCAGUAUCUCAUUUAAUUUCAUCGAUAUUGUCUUCAGCUUCCCAUAAGCUCACAUGCUAGGUUUCAUAUAUUUUGACAACACUUUGUCAUUUCUUUAAUUAAAAAAAAGAGAAAAAAUAACAAACUAAUGAAAAUGACUCCAUUGCAGUUUGCAAGGGGAAAAAUUGUGAUUUUAUUGACCUUUUCAAAAAUUCUUUACUCGUAAUCAAGUAAAUUAUAUUAAUAUGUGUAAGGAAAUUGUAACAUACAGAACAUCAGACAACUAUUUAUACAAUACCUAAAUGUGAAAUAAUAAUUUAUUUGGGAAGGGGAGGGAUAAACUUUAAGAAAAUAGGAAAGGGUUCUUUGUACAUGCCCAGUUGCAUUGUUCAAAGAAAUAUCCUUCCUGGAAUAUUUUUUUGCCUGAGCCUAUUACAUUAUAGUGUUCUAUUUAUUGUGUAUGACUGUAAUGUGAAAAAUUGGGUUCUAUUGUGAUUAGGAAUAAGGCAUGUUUAACUUAAUUAAGGCUUAAAUUUGUACUUACUACGAAGAACAAUGUUCUCCAUGAGCUGAUGAUAAUGUGUGAAUAAUCCAGUCGCGAUGUGUGCAAGUGCCACCUAAUAAUUUGCUAUUAAUAAUUAUGAAACGAUUCUAUUUGCUAUAAAUUUGAGAAUUUUUUUGAGAAGUUUUCUUAAUAAAAAAAACUAUGGUCAUAUUA